AGGUCCAAGUGCCUCCCCCAGCCCAGACCACAAUUCAAUGUUGAAUCCCACUUCGCGAUCAUCUCAAUUCACCCACGCGUUAUUCCAUGGGCUGCAGUAUAUUAACACAAAUAGGUUCUAGUCUACCCAUUACUCAGGGAAUGGCACAUUUUCUCAGAGCAUAUCUAUACAAUUAAUACUGUCCAUGCAUAGAUGCGACACUAUUUUACGCGAUCCUACCCUUCAACAGCAACAACAACAAAAACAACAACAAACAGUCGAAAUCAAAUCCAAUCCGAAUUCAUGCUCACUGCUUAUAACCUCCCGAACCUUUCAAGAUGGAUCAGGCCUGGCUAGAUUCUUUAUCCGAAGACUGGGUAUCUCAACCUCGAUCCGAAUCACCAGAGCCAGAACUCCCAUCUCUUACAAAUGGCACAUCUGAUUCUUCAAACCCCCGCCCAACCGUCCUGCCAAGUCGCAUACCGAAUUUCAAUACGGAGACGAAAUCUUGGUCGAAUGUGCCAGAUAGUAACCCGUUGAGCGAAAGAAGUCAGAAUGAGAUUAAUAUUCCCUUGUCACAACGAACACAUCAACCAUCAAAACUACGAAGUGAAAUACCGCUGAGCCCCGUUGGCAGGAAAGCCUCUCGACCUUUGUCAGCUUCUAGCACACACACAACAGAAUAUAAUACAGUCCAGCAUAACAAAUCCGUCAGCGCGUCGCCCAAGAAGAGCUCAAAAGACACACCAGAAUGGAAGAGGAGACUUCUCCAAGGAGACGUUGGAUAUGGUGAACAGCGCGAUUUAUUCAGCGCAGCCGGUCUCGAGACGAUAUUUCAACCACCACCUACCGAAAAUUCGAUCAAGAAGUUGCCUGCAUAUGGAGAGAGUAGUAUAAUGCCAUCCAGUCCUCCGCUCUACCGCACAAGAUUAGAGCCUCCACAAUUCGAUGAUAGCGAGUUAUCAUCUGAAGAUUCUGUGCCAGAAGAUGGACAUGGCCUACCACGAGGUGUGAGAUAUAAAUUGACAGAGGAUUUUGGUAGUGAAUUUUCUACCAACGAUUUGAGUCGAGGAAGCGAUUUUAGACCUACCGCACUGAAUACGUUGAGUCCAGUCAAGGAACACUUUUCUCCCUCAAAUUCUGCUUUCGACACGGACUGCCACCCUACCAAAAACGAAUACCUAGACGUAGGACGAACCACAAGCAGACAAAGCGAUAAGCGCAACGAAUUUUUGUCACCGAUACUUUUAGCAUCGCAGGGUAUCAAAGGUGGUAAAGCUCAAAAUUCGCCAUUGGAUAUAUCACCUGUUGAACUGCAAGAGCGGCUGGAAAAACUUCGUACUGAUGAUCCAAAUGUUGAUGAAACUCAAGACCUUGAAAAUGCCUCGCGACCUAUAACCGGUGACGUUACAACAGACACGGAUGAUUUGAGGCGUAAUGGUGAAUUUGUCAAGGUUCGAAGAGGCGGUAGUUCUGAAGAGGGUUCUUUCCAAAAACGGAUGCUUAGUCCUUCUUCCCUACCACCAAUUGAUGAAUCGGCAUUAUCACUUGAUGAUUCCCGGCACGACAGCUCUGAGAAGCAACUCCCUAAAAUAAGAAAGACUCGAGCCUCCAAUGAACUUCUGGAACCACCGGUGAAUUUACAAUCCCAUUCGACUGCGUCAACGCCUCAUCCCAGCCCAGCCAAAUCUCCCGUCAAAAGCAGUUUUGGCAGCCCGUUGAAGCUGUUUGGUACUCAUGAUACGUUUACAAGUCAAAAGCUUCUACGUAGACUGAGUCAAUACGAGGAUCGUGGAAGUGAUUCUGAACCAGAAGUACCACCGAACACUGCCCAUGAGACCGCGCAUCACCAUAUGGAUACUGCAAAUGAAAAACGACCCGUAUCGGAGGGUAGUCAUUUCCUAAAGGAGCGUAAGUCAAGGAGGUUCAGUAGCUUUGGCGUCGGCGAUCUGGAUAGUUUCCGGUUUAACGAGGAUGUCUCCUUCGAAUCGAAUGGAUCCAUUUUACAUAACGACGAUGUAGAAGAUCUAGCUUUUCCUGUCUUAGAUCCAAGGUCACAAACUAGAUUUCGCUUCCGGCUAGAUUCUUCACCAAACAUAAAGGAAGAGGUUGACAGGCAAACUAGUGGUAAAUACAGAAGUACAAGCAAUAGCAGUAGCAGACGCAGCUUGAGCGUUAGAAAAAGAUCUAGCACUGGAUCUUUUACGCCGUCUAGUGUCUUACCCUCGUUUCAGAUGACUGAGAACCUCAAGACACCCAGGAGAUCGAAUGGUGAAGCUGAAGGAAAACGGCUUCUCAGAUCUCCAUUGAAGGAUCCCACACCAAAAAGACGCCGUACCUUACACAGAGCGGAUAUCUCUCUUCCACUACAAACCGAAGACCCACGAGUCUCAAUUGAUGGCCUUCCGCGUCCAUCGACGCAGCCAGCGAUGGGCAAGACGCGACAAGACAACGAGCGAAGGUUUCAAGCUGCCGAACCGAAAAUACUCGCAAUGCGAGAACUGCUCCGUCCUCGAACGCCCACACCUAGUCAGCGUAAUGGUCAGCAGCGUGAGGAAGCACUUUUCGUUGAGUCAGAGCUCGCCUCAGACGCACGUACAAGAAUUUUACAAGAGCAAAAGAUUGCUAUGGUUCAAGCCGAACUUGAUCUAGCUAACUCUGAUAUGCCUCUCGGCGCUAGUCAGCAAUCGCAGGAUAGCCGAAAACCUUCAGUCACCACCCAGGACUUCCUGGACGAGGCGAAGAAGAUUAUGGCAGGCAUUCGAGGUAAAGCAAGGCCUCGUAGUGGUUUCACAAGCCUUGAAGAGUCGGAGUCCGAAGGCGAUCAAGUCCUCCCAUCUAACAUUUCAGCAGACGAUGAGAUAGAGGAUUCCUACCAGGAGUCAACCCAGGAACUAUUUGAAAGACCACCAAGUCGCGAAGGUGCCCCAGUGUCAAGAGCUCCGCUCACGCAAGAUCCAGAGCUUCUGGAUCAUUUACGCAAAUAUGAAGAGAAUAGUGAAAUGGAUGGCAUCAUUGCUUCAUCGAUAAAGUCUAUGGCUAUGGCGAAAGAGGCUAUCAGAAAUGCGAGAGAAAUCGAUAGGAUUGCGGACGAAACAAUCUCAAAAUCGCUCCGUCACUUUUUAGAUCCUAUUGAUACAGUGCAGAGUGACCCACCCAAUAUUCGCAUAUCUAAUAAUCCGGAUAUCCAGCGAAAGCGCAAACAUUCUGACUCUUCACGACAACUGGACGAAGAAUAUGAUGAUCCCGAUUUCUUCACACAUGGUUCGAACAACUCGAUACCCACCACAUCAUCCAGAGGUUCAGAUUCGAGACGUGUAAUCGCGCCGCACACAGUAUCCCAUCUAAUCCCAGAGCAACUGGCUGGUAUGGUCUUUGAUCGAGAACGGAAUAUGUGGGUCAAGAGGAAGUCUACCAGAGGAGAAAGGGAUGGACAAGAUUCCCCUAAUUCCGAAGGAACAGAGGAAGAUCCCUUUGAAGACAUUCCUGAUUUGUCAUUCGAUGAAACGCAAGAGCUUAUGAGGCUAAGGGCCGUUGCCGCCAAACAGAAGGAAGACGCACGAUUACGAUUGGCUAAAUAUCUCGACGAUGAAAAACAGCACGACGAGUUAACUGGCCGAUCACCAACUCAAAAUAAUUUGAAUAUGAGCGUUUCGCCUGUUGAUAUGAGGCCCCAAACAGCACCUUCAAAGCCUGUUCACCUUGGCCUGGAUAAUUCUGUGCCCGAGAUUAAAAUCCGAUCAGCCUCCACAGGCGAGGAUAGUGUCCUACGACCAAAGAAGACUCGUAAUGGGAACGCAAACAAACUUUUUCAUGGAAGUCAUAGUUCAAGCGUGAGCAAGCCCCCCCACGAGAGCAGGAAAUUGGCCGAUGGGGAUAUCUUCCUUCAACCAGACGGAGACCCGAGCACCACAACUCCAAAACGUCAACGAAAUGUCACAAUCACUUUCUCGUCCCCUAUCGCGGAACUUAUCGAGAUUCCUACUUAUAUUGAUGAUGAUAGUUCCACGAAAGAGGAGCCUUACCAGUCUGACUACGACAGCGUCAACGAAUCUGAUAGUGAUGAUGGUGGAAGUAUUGGGGUUAAGAAAGGAAAGUCUGGACAAGGAAACGGCACACAUGAACAUCGAAACACCUCCCGUCAAUUAUCAGUCGGGGGACAACAAUUCAUGCCCCGUCCAGUAUCACGCAUUGACGAGCAAGACGAGGACUCGCUCGACAGGGGAAGUGGUAGUGCGCGCAAACACGGAAACAAUCUUCUUCCCACGCCCUCCGCCUCGCCAAGAAGAACGGAUAGUGUAGUACUCGCUACACCACGUCCGGCUCAUGAAAUCGGGACCCUUGAACUCACUCCACUUUCAGAAUUUACCAUGCAUCAAGCAGACGAAUCUUACGGGCUGAACGUGAGCUAUGUAGCAAAUGGACAAAAGCAUAUCCCAGGAGCUUCCACUAAGAAAACACUUUCUCAUUCAAUCAAGGCAAUGGUUGAGAAACUGACUGAAAUUGAGCCAUAUGAGCCGUUCUGGGAGCAUAUGAAGAGGGCCGAUCUGCAUCGAAAGAAACUGACAAAUUUACACAAACUCAACGAAUUUUGUGAGCACCUCGAGGAACUGAAGGUCUCCAAAAAUGAAAUCAGUCAAUUAAAUGGUGUUCCUUCAUCCCUUCGCACCCUUAUCAUUAGCCACAAUCGUCUAUCCGAUCUGACGUCCUGGGGCCAUCUGUGGAACCUACAGCAAGUCGAUGUUUCUAACAACGAGAUUGAAAGCCUUUCCUGUUUCAAAAGCUUGAUUCAUCUCAGAACCUUGCAAGCAGACAACAAUCAAAUCACUUCGCUUCAUGGUAUUGAAGCUCUUGAUGGAUUAAUCACACUCCGGCUUCGAGGCAACCCAAUUGAGACACUGAACUUCGAAGGAACCAACCUCAAACAUUUGGAAAGAUUAGACCUUAGAGACUGUCAAAUAUCGGAAGUUAAGAAUCUCAGUCAGCUGCCGAAAUUGUCGAGUCUUGAUCUGGAGAAUAACAAAUUGUACAAUUUCAUGACAUCAGACGAUUCAUGCUCGGCUAGAGAAGUUAGGCUGAGCUUCAAUAACCUCGAAUCUUUUGACGCAAGUCUCACACCGGAAAUCCGCAUCCUCUAUCUGGAUGCGAAUCGUAUCAAAACCAUCACUGGUCUCCUCCACAAAAGAAAUCUAUACAGCCUCUCGGUACGAAAACAGCAAUCUGGCACAGUUCUAGACAAGUCGUUCCUCCAAGAUGCUUACGAGGUCAGGAAGUUGUUCCUAUCUGGCAAUUACUUGGGGACCUUUCAUCCGGGUGUCGAAUACCUCAAUCUACAAUACCUCGAGCUCGCAAACUGUGGUAUCACUUCCCUACCAGAUGAUUUUGGUCUUAUGGUAGCAAAUGUGCGCGUUCUUAACCUUAACUUCAAUGGAUUACAAGAAUUCCAGUGCCUUCUCGGCAUCGUCCGGCUCAAGAAAUUACUUCUUGCAGGAAACCGGUUGUCAAAAGUAGAAAGACUCACCAGGACUUUGCGAGCAUUUCCCUAUUUGACUACUGUCGAUAUGAGGAAUAACCAUGUUAAUCAUAAUUUUUACCCAGUAGCAUUGGAGAGGUGUUUGGUUAAAGAUGGUGGGCUCGAGAAAACUGAGCUAGACGUUAUUGAUCCAUAUUCGCUUGGCAAUGCGGAUCCAGUAAGAGAUGCUCAUUACAUCUCAUGCUCAGACAUGGGAACAAAAGCGAUGCGGCGUGUGUACGAAAUGCUGAUCUUUGGCAAGAGGAGCGAUAAUCCCAAACUCCACAAGUUGGAUGGUCUGCCAGUAAAUAGGGAGGUUUCGAAGAUUCGAGAUGAUGUUUGGGAUAGACUUCUAGAGAUUGGUUAUGUAAAGGAAACUGAAAAGUCUAACGAAAAGACAAAUCAUGGUCAAACUGAGAAUGAAAAAGCUGAAGAGGUUCUGGAAGAACCAAAGGGCGCUCAUCAGGAGACCCGUAAUAAAGAUUCAAUCGAGGAGAAAGUAGCAGAGAAAGGGGGUGAUAGGCAGAAACACCAAUCUGAUAUUAAAGAAGGCCAUCGGGUAGCCCAAGGUUCACAGGCUAUCGGAUCUACCGGAAAGAAUGUGGAGAAAAUCGAAAGGGAGGCGGAGGCGCCACAUGCUGGUAGUUUUGGUGAUAAGACCUCGGGAACCAAAAUUGACCCAAAUUCAGUGGCCCCAAAGAAUGGCAAUGAGCUUCCAGCGGACGAUGAUGUUGUCCAGGGAAACACAGACAAUCGAUCUCAGAGCGGUCAAGCAUCUAACACGCCCAAACACCGGGCCCCCUUUCCCCGGGAAAAUUCAAAUGUUGUGGCGGCUGAAGUGGAGUCGGCAUCACCAGCAUCCAUGAUGAGGAGACAUAAAUUAGCACGCAACGUGGAGAGGAUUAUCGCCAAGAGUGAAGCUACCGUUGCGAAGCAUAGAGCGUUGGUGAAACGUAUGAAUGAGGAGGCUAGAGAAAAUGUGUCCACACACCCGGAAUCGAAGCGUGUGGAGUCCAAUGAGAAUAUGAUAGGAUUUCCUCCUCAAGUGAUACCGCUUGCUAGUCAGGCGAUUUAUGAGCAAUCAUCACAAAAUAUUGGAGCUAACUUUCCGACAGCCGCUCAACUGAAGCAGGAUUUUGAGGAAAUGCUGCAAUCAUUCGAGCGUGACUCAAAACCGAAAGGAUCCAGAACUUUGCAUCGAAACCGGGAUGAGUAUGGGGCUUCUGUUCGACAGAGUAGUCGAAACAAACCAGCCACUACGAGGGGUGUCAAGAAGGUCGAGUUCGCUGAAGGGAGUAAAGAGGCCAAGGUGGGCAGAGAACCGCGCUGGCCAGCUGAGGACAGCUUCGCCUGAGCAGUAUGGGUUAUGAAUUAUGGAUGAUUUACGAGUAAUGCGGUGGGCUGGAUGGGUCUGUACAAAAUAGGAUAAUCAUCGAGGUAUGGUGUUGGUGGUUCUACAAAAAGAGAGUUAUAGGCUUGUGGGAUUAUCUUGUAUAGUAUUAUUACAGUAUUGAUUGGUUGACCACGGUAUGGUCAAGGUGAUACCUUUAGGCGUAUAGCGUUAUCUGCUAGAUAUAACAAUAUCAUCUUUUCAUAAUUUCGACGUCUUUUUUGCCUGAUUCUCCCAUUCAGCGACCCUGGAUUUAGCAUCCUCUUUCCUCUUCACUUCAUUAUCCAUAUU